UGUUUACAUGCAUCUAAGCUAAGGGAUCAUUGCCAAAUGCCAGCCACCCUCACUCUGGUUAACUGGUUGUAAUCAUAAUGAUUUAAACAGUAAAACAAAGAGCCACAAGUCUUAAGACAUUCUCAUGUAAUAUAAUGUGCCAUAUAAAUUUUGUUAUAAUAGCCCCAUCAAACCCCACCCCCUUCCAAAAAGUAAAAAAUAUAUAAAGGCAUUGUAAAGAUUAUGCAGAUGUGGGCAGCGAUUAGACAGAGAGAGCAUUUUCUGUAAAACUUUGCAUGUAGGAGUUUGUUGAACAGCAUACUAUGUCUUCCUAUCUUAUUAGUCUCCGUGUUGAACAUUAAUGGAAACAGAAAUCUGAUACAGUACAUUUCAGUGGGUAAAGUGAUAGUUUCUUUUUUUAGGCGUUGGGUUAAGGGGAGAGGGGAAACGAUGGCUGUCUCAGACCAAUUCAUACAAGGACUUCUUCCUGAAAGAGGCGUCGGAUUUCCUAAAAAGAAUGGCUCGUGUUGAUCCUCAAUUAUGACAUUUCCCAGAUUCAUUCUGCCGAAACAUUUCCUGAUUCUGCUCUGUGUGAUCGUGCUGGGCAUUUGUGUGAGUCUAAUUGGACUGCUUGAGUGGCAUCCAAGUCAUCUUUACAUGCCGUCAUCUGGCAAUAUAUCAGUCCUGAGUGGAAACGUCUCAUCAUGUGACUGUAAAGACCAAACAGACCUUUAUCAGUUUCUACCAUCAGAUCAACUAGAUGACAUCAUUAAAAGCAGAGCAAAAGAGUACAGGGAACAUCAGCUCAGAAUGAAGACAAAUACGGACAUUCUCAUUGCACCGGCCAACUCUCCUCUCCAAUAUCCCAUCAGAGGUUUCAAUGUAGCUCCUCUACAAAAAAGUCUGAUACCAGGUCUUGCCCUUUAUACACAAAAGAGGGAAGUUUAUAAGGUAUCUUUAAGUGUGGAGAAAGGGGUGCUGUCAGUGGAUGAUGAUGUAAAUAAAGAACAGGUGAAUGGAAAGGGUGAGAGUAAAUUGACUAUCUCAUCCUCAAGCCUCAAACAAGUCAAUGAUCUGCUGAGCAGAGUGACCUACACCAGCACCAUCUACCACAUCCGAACAUCUGAUUUGGUUUAUUUUAGUUUUGAAGAUUGUAAGGCCGUAUUUCCAAUCAUAAUCAGAAGACCUACAGUUCCUGUUCUGUACAAUCCAGGAAAUGAUAUCAACUCACAGGUUACUAUUGCAACAAAGACAUUUCUGAGAUAUAACAAAUUAAAAGUCCUUAUCAAGAGUAUCCGCAAGGUUUAUCCGAAAAUCAAGAUCAUCAUUGCUGACGAUAACCCAAAUCCGGAAAAUCUGUCUGGUGACAACAUAGAGCAAUACAUCAUGCCACCUGCACAGGGCUGGUUUGCAGGGAGGAAUUUGGCUGUAUCACAAGUCACCACCAAAUACUUUUUGUGGGUAGACGAUGACUUUGAAUUCUUGGAUGAGACUCGCAUUGAGAGAUUUGUGGAGAUUAUGGAAGCAAAACCAGAAUUGGAUGUUGUUGGUGGAGCGGUCUCAGGUGAACAGUAUUAUUUCAGUCUUGAGUAUAUUGAAGAUGAUGAAGGUGGCUGUUUGAGGCGUUUUCAAGGAAAGCAUCAUAAACCACUUCCGGGAUAUGAUGGCUGUUUUUUUGUGGACGUGGUGGUGAACUUCUUUUUGGCUCGGACUGAUGCAGUGAGAAGAGUUGGAUUUGAUCCCUUUCUAAAAAGAGUAGGACACACCGAGUUCUUCAUUGAUGGACUUGGAAAGCUGUUGGUGGCGUCCUGCAAAGAUCUCUCUAUUGGCCACCAGAUACAUGAUGCACGUGAAGAAUAUGAUGUUUAUAGGAAUGAGGGGGAAAGUGAGAGAGAGAAAAAAUAUGCCCAUCAUUUUUACAAGAAUUAUCUGAAAUGUAUCAAAUACUGAAAGGUUUUUGUUUCUCUGAUUAUGUUUUUACUGUACUUUAAAAUGUAUUUACAUGCUGAUACAGACUUUGCAUUCUCCUGCUUAAAAAACAGAUAUGUAAUAUAUUAUUUUUAUACUGUACCAUUUUUAUACAAAAUAUUAAUUUGCAAAUUUUUCCCACACAUUUAUUCAUUACUUCAGUAAAGCAAAAGCAGUCUGAUCUGCUAAUGGUUUUCCAGUGUGCAUAGUUUACCAGUCAGUUUUAUUUAUUAUAUUAUUUUAAUCUACAUAAUGUUCAAUCUGACCCACAAAAGAAAGAAAGGGCAAUAAAUCAACUCUAAAAUAAAUCAAUUUAUUAAUGUUUUGUAAAUCAUGUGAAAGAUGUACAUAUCAUAAAUGCAUUGUGAAUGUGAUUAAAUACAUUUAUUAAUUUGCAUUUUCACACAUAGUUGUACUUUAUUGUGUGUGGCUAAAAUAAAGACAUUAGACAUAAAUAAUAAUCAUACUAUUUACUAUUAAUAAUGUAGCAAGAAAUAAACAUCUAAGUGAAACUUUAGUGCCAUGUCCUUUAGGUACACUGUUAAAGGUGCUAUAUGUAAAUGAUCCGAUAGAAUAGAGGAACCAUGGCUUUAUGGUUCUAUAAAGAACAUCCAAAGAACUUUUCUCUUAAAAAUAAGUUUUUCUUUGUAGUGAAAAAUGUUCUUUAAUCACAAAGGGGGAAAAUCAAAGAAAAAAGUUCUGUUUUGCAGCAAAAGAUUGUU